AUGCAGGAGGCAGGGGUUGAGUACUUUCGUACUCUCUUAACCUCUCAGCCGAUUGAGAUUUCUGAUGAUAUGCUCACUUCGAUCCCGUCAUUGGUCACUCACCGUGAGAACUCUCUCAUAACAGCCAUACCCACGGGAGAAGAGAUCAAGGAAGUAGUUUUCUCUAUGAGCAGACAUCGUGCACCCGGGCCAGAUGGUUUCCCAGCUGAUUUUUACAUUUCAUGUUGGGAUAUCGUUGGCACUGAUCUCAUCCAGGCCAUCAAGGAAAUCUUUCGUCGUAAACUCUUUACACGAAGUUGGAAGGCCACCUUCCUUGCACUUAUACCGAAGGUGACUACCCCAACCUCAUUUAGAGACUUUCGACCUAUCAGUUUGUGUAACGUGUGUUAUAAAGUUGUAUCUAAGAUCGUUACACGUAGAUUGAGUAGUUUCCUUGAUAGACUUAUAUCUCCAGAACAAUGCGGAUUUGUCAAGGGACGGUACAUUCACGAUAACAUCAUGCUAGUACAUGAACUAGCACAGUCCCUUGGCCAUGAUUGUCGAGGCUCUAACAUCAUCAUCAAAUUAGACAUGGAGAAGGCCUUUGAUAGGAUAGAGUGGAGUUUCCUCAUUAAGGUUCUUAGAUGCUUUGGGUUCACCGACGACUUCAUUGACUUAGUCGAUGCAUGUGUUAGGGAGAAUCAUUUCUCUUUAUUAGUGAACGGUAGCUCCACACCAUUCUUCACGGCCACGAGAGGUCUACGACAGGGCGAUCCACUAUCACCCACCCUCUUCAUCUUAGUUGAAGAAGUCCUCAGUCGAUCCCUCACCCGAGCGAUCAAUCAAGGACUUAUCCGACCAUACUACUCGAAGAGGGGCUGCCCGAUCAUCUCACACUCCCUCUUUGCUGAUGAUGCGAUACUCUUCCUCAAUGGAGGUGAGACAUCCAUUAGAGGGCUCAUGAGUAUUAUCUCGAGGUAUGAGCGAGCUGCAGGUCAACUCGUAAAUGCCUCGAAGAGUAGCUUCAUAGUAGCCCCUUCUACUCCCAUAGGGACCAUACGACGCAUCCAGGGCCUAACAGGGUUCUCUCGUGGACACUUACCUUUUGACUAUCUAGGAUGUCCUAUCUUCCUCGGCCGUAGGCGCAUACACUAUUUUGACGCCCUAGUGGGCAAGUUAAGGAAGAAACUAGCAGGAUGGAAGUUACAACUUCUAUCCCUUGGAGGACGGAUCUAGUUGAUACGCCAUGUCCUCAUGAGCAUACCAUUACACCUUUUGGCAGUCCAUGAGGUACCAGACACCGUCUUACAGACUAUUAGACGGAUAUGUACGUCCUUCCUUUGGGAUGGACAACUUGAGGGACCUCGUCGUCAACGCCGAGUUUCUUGGGAGAAAGCAUGUCGACCUACGGAUGAGGGUGGCCUAGGUAUUAGGCGCCCUCAAGAUGUACUUAACAUGCUUCAAAAGAAACUCAUUUGGAGGAUGAGGACCACACCAUCGGUGCUAGGUACUUUUGUGUCAGCCAAAUAUGGUGAGUGGGCUCGACAGCCGGCUGACAUCAAAGGAGUCAAACGAUGGGCAGACUGGCAGCGACAUUGGUUGGAGAUGGUGCCUCUUAUUCGUUGGCGAGUGGGGCGAGGCGAGAUCAGUGCCUGGUACGACACUUGGCUAGAGGACACACCAUUGGCCUGUUUUACCACUUUCACAUCUUCUUGGCCUCGCUUGACGGUAGCCCAGCUUCUCCAAGGAGACACUCGUCUACUUAUUGAGAGGCAUGGACUACCGUCGGACUUGUUACCAGCCAUCACCAUGACUGAGAUGAGUUUUACUGAGGACCAACCCAUCUGGACACUUACCAUAGAUGGCAGUUUCUCUUGUAGCUCCUCUUGGGAGCACUUUAGAAACCGCUCCCCAAAGACAUUUUGGGGAAAUCUCAUAUGGCAUCCGGCCAUCACACCUCGUGUUUCGUUCUUCCUGUGGAAGUUCAUGCACCGAGGACUACCCACCGACGAUCGAGUGAUUGUCACCGAUCAGGAGGUGGAAAGGAAAUGUCAUUGUUGCUCCAUCACGACAGACGAAAGUAUGGAACAUUUAUUUUUCCAUAGUGAUAUCGCUGUCGAGUGUUGGCGUCAACUUCUAGCGAAUUGGCUUCCAAUGCUCUCGUACAGACCUACGAGACCACCACUAGAGGUCUUUAGGAGAGUCUUUGACUCACCGACGAGUGUCAAGGUUUGUCCUUUCAUCCGUAUCUCCAUAGCAUAUAUGUUAUGGGAAAUAUGGAAGGGACGUAACUCAUCUCGAUAUGCAGGCCAAGUGAUGCGUGCCACAGAGAUUAUGAGGCACGUAACACAAUGGCUUCGGAGUACUCAUUCCUUAGUGCCAAAUAAAACGAAACGCUCGCGUUCUGUUUGUGAGGCUUUUGGGCUUUGGGGACUCCAUAUCAUACCUACACAGACCUGGACUACUGUCCGAUCUGUUAGAUGGACACCACCGAGGGCUGGACAGUGGAAACUCAACGUCGACGGAGCAUCUCAAGGCAACCCAGGAUCAUCUGGAGGAGGCGGUAUCUUACGCGAUAGUACAGGAUGCAUUCUCUUUGCCUUUUCGAACUUUUAUAAUAUACAAACUAAUACUGUGGCAGAGGCUAUGGCAAUACGGGAUGGUUUGUUUCUUUGUGAGGAGCAAAAUAUUACUAACAUUGUCUUAGAAUCUGAUUUCAAAGUGUUAGUGGACAUGUUACGUGCAGACUCUUGUCCUCAUUGGAGGCUCAAGAAUAUCUGGGCAGACAUCAUGCGAUGUCGAGGACGCAUCACAACUAUUACGCAUCAAUUCCGAGAAGGGAAUCAGACAGCUGACGCCCUUGCUGCGCAUGGAGUCAGAUCGCGUCGGAGGACAGUCUUCUCUUUUUGGCAGGACAUGCCCCUGGAAGCCCGAGGUGCUCAUAGACUUGAGCGACUCGGCAUACCCUCUUUACGCAUACACCGCACUCCACUACCGGCCUCUCCACGACAGUGGCGUAUUGCUUGGAGGAGAUCAGGGGUGGUUACUAUUGGCCGCUGAAGACCACAAUGGAGAUACAGCACAACACGGACAACAAGGCACAUCGUAAUCCACUCGGGUACAUUACUUCCAAUCAUUACUCUCCUCAUAAUCACAUCACAUCUACUAUCUAUCAUGCUCAAGUAGUGAGGACAUAGAACUAUCAGCAUAUGUUGGCAUCGGCCCACUUUUGAACUAUAGGUCUAUAGCACAUCAGACCUGCCAAACUAGUUGUGAAUCGGCAACCUAGCACCUCUCUCAAGAUCUUAUUAGUACCAUCAGCCAGCUUGAACCCAUGAGAAGGUAAAGAUCUAUAUCCAUAGGAUUGACCCUCUCUCCUCUCUCUCUCUCUCGAUUCUCUAUUUCUUUCUCCCUCCCUUUCUCUCUCUAGGAAAAAAAAAAAAAAAAAAAAAAAAAGACAGCCUACUUCUUUUCCCGGAAUCACUAGCCCAUCAUAGACAAUUAGUGGAGGGUGAGGGAAAGGGCCCUAAAACCAAAAAAAAAAAAAAAAAAAAAAGGGCAACCUUUUUCCCUUCCCUUAAUCACUAGCCUAAUGUACACCAAAUAAUGGGCAUUAGUGGAGGGUAAAAGAAGAGGCCCUCAAGGAGAGAGAAAGAAGAGAGAGAGAAUAAGAGAAAAGAAAAGAGUUAGAACCAGAGACCAAGUCAUUCCUCGUGGGGUGAAAGGUCCCUUACCUACUUAGAGGAAGUACGGCAACUGAUGAUACUAACAAGAUCUUGGCCAGAGGGAUUAGGCGCGUGCAACACUAGCAAGGCAAGUUCAUAUUUGGGCUUAUUGUCAUGCUUCAGCAUAGUUCUAUCCUCCUCACUGCCCUAAUCACUCUUUUCUCACCACUUUAUAUCAAUUUAUUUAUCUCUUAGAAUCACUUACUGCAGCAAACUCUUGUCUUGCAGGAACAUUGCAUGGCGCACAACAUGGAGCUCUCGUCCUACUCCUGUUGAGCAGAUCUUCCAACUUUCAUGAACUCAAAGUUCAACCCAAUGCAAAUCAAUCACCUUCCUCAAAUAUGAUGAACGCCUUGGAGCCUAUCUCCAGUAUCAUCACAUCCCCUCUUCAAAAGAGGUCUUUCAUUCUUCAUGUCAUCCUCGCCCCUUGUGCGAAUGAGAUCCCACUUAUGUAACCUCGGAAUGAGGUCAAACUUUUAUCACUCAAUCAAAUUUCUUCUUCAAAAAAAAAAAAAAAAAAAAAAAAAAAAAAAAAAAAAAAAAAAAAAAAAAAAAAAAACCCUAAACCCUAAACCCUAACCCCCCUAAGUGGGAGAGUUGCCACCGGAUCCCAUAAGAACUCCGGAGUUAAGUGUGCUCGGGUGGGAGCAGUCACCGGAUGGGUGACCUCCCUGGGAAGUCCCAAGGUACGUGUGCAUGCGUUGCGAGACGCUUGCUGUGCAUGUGCUGAAAGGCACCGCUGCAUUAUCGUGCCGCCAGGCACGUGUUACGAACCCCUCCAACACCAUGCCAAGAUGCUUCGAGUUUCGAAGAACGUGCCGAGAGGCACCCCUGCCACCAUGCCGAGAGGCAUAUGUGGCAACCAUCUCACCAUGCCAAGAUGCCCCCAGCUCCGAAGAACGUGCCAAGAGGCACCCCUGCCACCAUGCCGAGAGGCAUAUGUGAAGUUCGGAUUGGUGAAGUGCUUGGGCAUGUGAAGUACCGGGAUUGGUGACCUCCCGAGAAGUUCGGCCCAAGACAGUUAUCCCAAAAAAAAACCCUAAACCCUAAACAUUUGGACACACUUGGACACACUUCAACAAAUUUACCAACAUUACUACAAGGCUGGAUUAUUUACCAACUAAAAAUUUACCAACAUUACUACAGCCGGGCCCACAAGCGGGUCGGAAGCUCAGUCAGGGAGUAGCCGCGAGCAGCGGCUCGAGCGGCUUGGACUGAUAGGGCCACGUGUGCGCCACUCCCCUUCCACGUCACCGGUGGCCAGCUGGCUGUAGAGCAAGGAGUGGUCGUACACGCGAGAGAAGGAACUUUGCUUAGAAACGUAACAUUACUAUAUAUUUGCCCAAAAAAUCAGCGCACAACUGAUGUGGGACUAAACCCGCGUCAUACCUUCCUCAGACGGGGUAGACAACCGGCGCGGGUUCGAAUCCUCCCAGAGUCAAAAUUCAUAUAUUUUUAUCUGAUUAUCGCGACUUUCCUGCAGAUCGCCGGUGAAGGAUUAAGCAACGAGAAUCGCUGGAUCAUCGGCGAAAAUCUCGUCAACGCGAUUCGCGGAGCAUUGCUACUAAAAUUGCUGAACGAUUCGCGAUAAAAGGAUCACGAAUCCAUCAAGUAAAUGAUCUCCGAUUGAUCGACGAACAAGCCGUCGUCGGGAAGAGGACGAUCCGCCAGGAGACGAGUCGCCACCUCCUGAGAGCGUACCAGAUGCGAUGAAGAGCCUCCUCUUGCUGAGCGGACCUGAGGAUGAAGCUCCCUGACACGCGCCCCACCUCCAUCCAGCUCCUCUCCGUCGGGUGACAGCCGCCGGAAAGCCGCAAAGUCGCCGUUUUUCCACUCCGCCGGGUGAUAGCCGCCGGAGACGAUUCGACGACCCACUUCAUUGAUCUCUAGACUUCGCGAGAAGAUCUAGAGAUUGACCACGUCGUCUUUGUCCAAGGAGAGCCUUUAAGGCCGUGGACACUGCACGAUGAUCCUCCCGAACGCUCAGGAUUCCGGUGCAUCGCCGACGCAUCGCCGUCGCGACGCCGGAACUCUGUUUUCUUGCUUUCAAUUUACUUUACACUUCAUUUAGUGAUAAUUUUUGUGUUUUUAAUUUACCAAGAUAUACUUUGUUCUAUUACGAUUCUUCCGGCUUUUACAGAUCUUAAUUUGAUCAAUUAAAUCGUCUGUAAUCGCUUACGUAAGAAUCACCGGGCGGAACUCUGUUUCCGCCCGAUUCACAUUCGUCGGGUGCUGACAUCAUCCUGACAUCUGCUCCCUUAUUUCCCUUUUUUGUGAAUUUUAAAUAUAUUUCCUUUUUAAUUUCCUAGUAUAAAAUUCAUAGAAAAUCGUAAUCAUUGAGAAAAAUUCUGAAUAAUUACCAGAUAUUAUAUUACAUCUCUGUGAUCGACCUGGAAAAUUACUGCUAUUUUUGGAACUUUUAUUGAAUUAUAAUUGAUAUAUUUAUUUAGAAAUACUUCUAAAUAUCCAAAAAUUCAUAUUUUCUAGUUUUAUAAAUUUUAGAUUUGCGUGAUUUAAUAUACAACGACUGAGUCACGUCACGGCCCAAGUAAUUUUUCAUUUAAGGGGGUGUCUGUUUAUCUUUAGGUUUUCUAGCAUCCUCUAAUGACUCUUGUACUUAUUACUACCGAAUUGAUCUUUUAAAAUUUCAAUUUAAAUUUCAAAUAAAAUUUAAAAAAGAAUAAAAAUAGAUAUAUGGGCCUAAUUUCGUAAUUGAGCUAGUAAAGCGGGCUUCAAAUUGCAAUAGUAAUUUAGUGCGCAUCAAGUAUAGUGGGCUUCAAGCUGCAAUAGUAAUGGGCUGCAAGGAAAAAAAUUAUUUUGAUGAAAUUUAUAGUGAUGUUGAUGAGAUGAAUGUCUGUAAUCUAAUUUUUGGUAGAACAUGGCAAUAAGAUUUAGAUGCAACUCACCUUCAUAGAGAUAAUCAUUAUAUUUUUUACAAAAAUAUUGAGAAAUUUGUUUUACGCUCAAUAAGAGAAAUAUAGGUUUUUCAAAGUGGAUGAAGAAAAGGUUGAAGCUGUUAAAACCUGACCAGUUCUAUAGGAAUUUGGGCCCACUUUAUGUCCUUUCACUUCUAGAAGGUACUUUAUGUCUCAUCCCUUCUAGAAGAGACUUUAAUGUGGUUCAACUUGUAUCUAAGAUUUGUUCAGGAUCUCUGACGAUUAGAUUCUAUACCUAAGAUCUGCUCAAGGUCUCUCAUUGUUAGACUCUACUUUAGGUCAUGUCAAAGUAUUUUUAGAAGAUUUGUUUAAGAUCUCAAUUUGUUAGAGUCUAUUUUAAGUUAUUUUAGAGUUAGUUAGAUUGUCCCCAAGAUCUGUCAGGAUCUUCCUUUUGAGGAGUGCCCAACCUCUUGUUUAUGCCUGUAUAAAGGCCCCCAUUGUAACCUAAGUUACUCACUUUUUUUAGUUGAAAUAGUUUUCUCCACUGUGAGAACUUUUCUUCUCUCUUGCUUGUGGAUUCAGGCACCCCUUUGUGAAUUCAAGGGUUAAAGACUCUAAAUUUGUGGAGUUAGAGACAGGUUUCUUCCCCAAGAUUGGAGCUUUGUGGGUUCAAGCCCAUAUGUUGUUUAUCUUUUGUGUUACUACUGCAUCAAUUGGUAUCAGAGCAAGUCAACAUUUCAAUCAAAGUUCAAAAAUGUCACGAGGUAAAUCUACUCAUAUUGGUGAUGAUGAUUCACCUAAAGUUUUUCCUAUCUCAAAAUCAGAUUUUAUUAUUUUUCAAGAUUGAAUGGAUCAAAGAUGAUAUUAGUGAUACCUUGAAAUCACUCUGGGCAAGAAUGAGUGUAUUAGAGAGUCAUUCAUGCCCCCUUAGAGAUCAUGAAAUCAGACAUCCUCAAAAAGUCACUCAUGUUGAACCUUCAUUAGAUACUCACUAUUCAUCUAGUUCUACUUGUUCUAGAUCAAGUUUUGAAGAAAAAUUUUGAGAUUUUCAUUUGAAGAUUGACUUACCAUGUUUUAAUGGCCAUUUGAAGAUUAAAAAGUUCUUAGAUUGGUUAGUUGAAGUAGAAUGAUUUUUUAAGUAUAUGAAAUUUUUUGAUGAAAAGCAAGUCAAGCUAUUGACUUAUAAAUUGAAGGGUGGAGCCUCUGUAAGGUGGGAUCAAUUACAGAUCACACAUACGAGGUCAAGCAAAGAACCUAUAUGAUUAUGGAAGAAAAUGAAAAAACUUUUUAAAUCUCAUUUUCUUCUCCUAGAUUAUGAACAAAUUUUGUAUCAGCAGUAUAUGAUUUCAAGAUUUAAAGGUGGUCUCAGAUGAGAAAUUGAAGACAAAGUAGCUUUACAUCAUUUUUCAAGCCUUAUUAGAGAAAGGAAAAACCAGAAUUCAAAAUUUUGGAAGUCAAAAUUAAAUUCUUCACCUAGAAAGAGGAAGAUCUACUAUUGUUUCUUCUACUAUUGUGAUAUAAUCAUUGAUAGUGGUAGUAGUGAGAACAUUGUCUUUUCUAUGAUGGUUAAAAAAUUAGAUUUACAAACAAGCCCACGUCCUCAUCUAUAUCGAAUUGGUUGGAUCAAGAAAGAAACAAAAACUAAAGUUUCAAAAAAUUUAUUUCACCAAAAUUUAUUUGAUUAGAUCAAGAAGGGAACACUAUUUGAUUCAAUGACAAUUUAUUUUAUAUACUAAUCAUCAGGCUCUUAAAUCAGUAAUUAGUCAGACUUUCAUCAGUAGAAUGCAUGUCAGGUGGAUCUCUUUCAUUCAACGGUUUACUUUUGUUAUUAAACACAAGUUAAGAAAAUUGAAUCGAGUUGCAGAUGCUCUUAGUAGAAAAACAACAUGUUUACUGAACUUGCGUGUUGAAAUCACAAGAUUUUAUUAUCUCAAGAAAUUAUAUCGAGACAACGAUGAUUAUUCUCAACAGUAUAUGAUAUGUAUGUCAAGAAUAUCAAUUAAAAUUAUGUAUCUCUCGAACUUCUUUGCGUGAGAAGUUAAUUCAAGAAUUAGAUGCAGGAGGGCUUGGUGGACACUUAGGUCGUGACAAGAUUUUGAAAAUGAUGGAGGAAUGAUGUUAUUAGCCAAAACACACAGGUAUGUACACUUCCACUACCCAUUCUAGAUAAAGCAUAGAGUCCACUAAUAAAGGACAGUGCUAGAACACAAUCCACUUUUAAGAAAGAGUUUGAAAGUUUUGUGUAGAGAUGUCAAAUUUGUCAAAUUAAUAAAUGACAAUGUCAGAACAUAGUUCACUUUUAAGAAAGAGUUUGAAAGUUUUUUGCGGAGAUGUCAAAUUUUUCAAAUUAAUAGAGGAUAGUACUAGAACACAUGUCUAUACACUCUACUACCUAUUCUAGAUAAAAUAUGGACUGACAUUUCUAUGGAUUUCAUUUUGGCAUUACCACGUACUCAAAGAGGAGCAUUUUGUUUUUGUGGUUGUGGAUAGAUUCUCAAAGAUGGCAAAUUGAUUUUUUAAGGAAAUAGUUCGUCUGCAUGGUGCCUUAGAUUAUUACAUCUAAUAGAGACUCAAAAUUUCUGUCCCAUUUCUGGCAUACUCUUUGGAACAGAUUUGACUCAUACCUAAAAUUUAGUACUAUGAGUCAUCCACAAACUGAUGGUCAAACAAAAGUUGUAAACAAGACACUUGGUUAUUUAAUCUAUUGUAUUUCAGGAGACAAACCAAGACAAUGGGAUCUUGUCUUAGCUCAAGCAGAUUUUGCAUAUAAUUCUAUGAUAAAUUGGUCUACAAAUUACUCUCUAUUUUCUAUUGUCUACUAUUUUCCACCAAAAGUCUUUUUUGACUUAAUUGAAGUACCAAGAAAACCUAGUACUAGUGUCGCAGCAAAUAACAUAGAAGAAUACAUCCAAAUAGUACAUGAGAAUGUGAAGAAGUAUGUUACAAUCAAUUAUGCAAACUACAAGAAAAAGGCAGACAAAAGUUGGUGAUUUGGUUAUGCAAACUACAAGGAAAAGGCAACCAAUUACUUGAGAAAAGAACGAUUGCUAGCAGAAAAUAAUCAUAAACUCAAUGCGUAUGUCAUGGACUUACUAAAGAUAAUGGGAAUAUCAUCAAGAUUUAGUGUCACUGAACCUAGUAUCGUUGUAGCUUGAAGCCCGCUUUACUAGCUCUAUUACGAAAUUAGCCCCAUAUAUAUAUUUUCAUUAUUUUUCAAAUUUUAUUUGAAAUUUAAAUUUCAAUUUCAAAAUUGAAAUACGAAAUUCAAUUUUUUGUUUGAAAUUCAAAUUUUAUCUGAAAUUUAAAUUUUUGUUUGAAUUCAAAUUUCAUCUAAAAUUUAAAUUUGAAUUUGAUCUUCUAUUCAUCUUUUGGCCAAAUUCGAAUUUGAUGAUAUCUAGUCUUUAAAUCAACUUUUGAGAAAAUUUUAGAACCACAAAGCACAUUUAACAUGUCAUCUAGAUGUGAAAUUAGAAUCUAUACUAAAUUGUUAACUUGUUGAUAGCUCUGCUGUCGACAUACAUCGGUCAACUUCCAUCUUUCUUUGGAACAAGUAAAGCAGUCACAGAGUAUGAGCUCAUACUUUCUCUUAUCAAUCCUUUACUCAAUAACUCUUUAACUUGUUCUUGAAAAUUUUGAUUUUCUUGUGAAGUCAUCCUAUAAUGUAGAAGGUUAGGGAAGCUUGCUUUUGGUAUAAGGUCAAUAUGAUGUUGUACAUCUUGCAUUGGUGGAAGAUGAGUAGAUAGUUUUUGAAUUAUAGAAAAUUAAGAUAAGAGACUUUCAAUAGAUUUUGGUAUAAGGUCAAUUAUUUUGAUAUCUGAAUCAGGUUUUUGAACAAUAACAAAUAAUUUAGUAUUAAUAUCAAAUUCCUUAAGAAACCUAGCAUCUACUCAAAGAAUCGGUUUGUUGCUUUCUAUGCAUUUCCAACAUAGUGGAACCUAGCUCUGCUCCACCACCCCAUCUACUCGAAGGAGUGAUCAUCACUCCAGUACCCUCAUCGUAACAUGUUGUGGCCAGAGCCUAGUACCCUCAUCGUAACAUGGUGUGGCCCCUCAACAAGUAGUUGUAGAGAAUAUGAUCUCUUCUAGAACAACCAGAUAUGGUUCGUAGGGUUAGAAUGAAACUGACCCAUGCCUAGGCGUCUAAAUAAUGGGUGAAUGUGAUCUGAUGAUAUUAUAGGUUCAAUAAGCCUGACGAGGCCUAAUUGGUGCUUAUUGAUGAGUUCACCUUGCUCACACCUUUCUUCACGGCCACGCGAGGAUUAUGGCAGGGUGAUCCCCUAUCACCCACUCUCUUCAUAUUGGUUGAAGAAGUCCUUAGUCGAACCCUCUCCCGAGCGGUGACACGUGGGGUUAUCCAACCAUAUCAUUCAAAGAGGGGUUGCCCGAUCAUAUUACAUUCUUUGUUUGCUGAUGAUGCGAUACUUUUCCUUAAUGGGUGUGAAGCGUCUAUUAGGAGACUCAUGACUAUCAUCUCGAGCUACGAGUAGGCCGCAAGUCAACUCAUCAAUGCCUCAAAGUGUAGCUUCAUGGUAGCAUCUUCUGCCACCAUUAGCACCGUACGACGCAUACAGAACCUAACAGGAUUCUCACGUGGUCAUCUACCCUUUGAUUAUCUUGAAUGCCCCAUCUUCUUCGGAUGCACUCGGGUUCAUUACUUUGAUUCUCUUUUGUGCAAGUUGAGGAAGAAACUUGACGGAUGGAAGCUUCAGCUUAUAUCCUCAGGCAGUCACAUCCAAUUGAUAUGCCAUGUCCUCUUGAGUAUGUCCUUGCACCUACUUGCAGUACAUGGGGUACCAGAUAUCAUCUUACGAUCUGUGAGGCAGAUUUGUACCUCCUUCUUAUGGAAUGGUCAACUCGAUUGACCUCAUUGUCAACAUCGAGUUUCUUGGAAGAAUGCAUGUCGAUCGAUGGACAAAGGCGGCCUAGGGAUUAGACGCCCUGAGGAUAUCCUCGACAUGCUUCAGAAGAAACUCGUAUGGUGGAUGAGGAUGACGAGAUCACCCCUAGGGACCCUUGUGCUAGCCAAAUACGGCGAUUGGGCUAG